GUGUCUGCUCGAUAAAACUUAGAGAAACACAAAAAGGCUCAGACAGAGCGUUGACCUGUGUUUGUGCUUUCGUUUUUAGCGGAGCCCUAGAAACCGAGUACUUAACGUCUUUAGCGUCAAACUCGUGAGCGCUGUGAUAAUGAAAGUGAUAGCGGAUAUUUAGCAAUAAUAUAUGUCUUCAAGGUAAAAUAACUAGGUUAAACGCUACUUUAACGACACUUUAAUGCUAUUUAUAAAAGUCCAUUUCCCCGGUAAAUGUCCGUUUUGUGUCCCUGAACGCCUCACGGUUUACUCGGAGGUUUAGUGUCCAAAUAUUUCACAUUAAAGUUAUCUACUGGUACGAUUUUAGCUUUAAUUCGGCAGCUUUUGGUGAACUAAGCAGCAUUUGAGGUAAAUACAAUUUUUUUCAUAUCUUGGCUGCUUAUAGAUUUGAUUAUGAUAUGUAACAGAAACAAGUGGAGAUUAGGAUCCAAUCUAGAUUGGACACACACGGAAUGUCAAUAUACUGUAUUGUAUCAUGUAAAGAUCAGAUUAGAUUUGAACAGCUUGUUUUGUUUAAAUAGCUAAAUUACCUGUGAAUGGGGAGAUAUACAAAUAAGUACUAGAUAUUUUAUCAGAUACCGUCUAGUCAAAAUGCUUAUUCUAUUCAGUUUCAACUCAGGUGUAUCCAAACAAAUUUUCUCACUUGCUUCUAACAUGUCAGGAGCAUUUGCCUUUUGUUGCUUUUAUAUAUUCAUAUCUUUAUUAAAAGUGUUGUGAAAAAGUCAAAUUACUAAUUUGAAGAUUUUAAACUUGAACUAGUUGCAGUACUAUUAUCGAUCUAAAGUUACUGAGUGAGAGCUGUUUUAGUAUUUAAUUUGAUACGGAGUCGAAACCUGCUGCUUUUGUGACACAGCUCUCAUCAAAACAACACCAGCUGACCCAGGACGGCGCUGGACGGGGUGUGUGGAGGAAACAUGCCAACGCAGGGAAAGCUAGACCCGUCCUAAGCUCAUAAACACGGAUUAACACUCCUUAAAGUUCCCUCAUCCCUCGCUGCCAGAGCUGGUUGUGCAAGGCUUCACAUAGCAGCCACUUUGUAAUGAACAGAAAGGUUUAUGUGUUUUAUUGUAAAAGUGUUGUCUCCAUGGAAACAGCUUUGUUAUGGUCUUACGAGGAACCUGCUGAGCUUUGGGCCUAACUGUGUCGAGCAGCACAGUUAGAUUCCUGUAAAUGAGGAAGAAUCCCUUCAGAGUAUUGUUCAGACACAAAAAUGGAAGAAUAACAUCUUCUAAUGGUGGUUGUUGUUCCUUCCUUUUGUAUUUGUUGACUUGAGCUGCAAAUAUUAGUUGUCUGUUCAACAACUUUACCAGCACUGUGUGACUAUUCUGAUAAAUAUGUACCUAUUAACCAAACCUGCUUAUCUCUGAAUUGCAUGGAGACAAAGUGUUCCCGUUGUUAACAUUUAUCGCUGAAUCAUUAAAUUUGGUUAGUUUUAUACGUGACUUAUGUUUUAUUUUCUCUGAUCGUAUCCCAACCCCAUCUAUUUCAGCGGUGCUACAGGACAAGGGUCUAUGUGACAGCUGAGCAUGGCCUAAAGCUGCUUUAAGGUGGACGCCAUGAACUACGUAGGGCAGCUGGCGGGCCAGGUGCUGGUGACCGUAAAGGAGCUGUACAAGGGGAUCAAUCAGGCCACUCUGUCAGGAUGCAUCGAUGUCAUUGUGGUGCGGCAGCCUGAUGGGGCGUUCCAGUGCUCCCCGUUCCAUGUCCGCUUUGGAAAACUGGGGGUGCUGCGCUCCAGGGAGAAAGUGAUUGAUAUAGAAAUCAAUGGGGAACCUGUGGAUCUGCACAUGAAGCUUGGAGACAGUGGAGAGGCCUUUUUUGUCCAGGAGACGGAGCAGAACAAUGAGUUUGUCCCAGCCCACCUGGCCACAUCGCCCAUCCCCACAGAGGAGGUCCCUUUCAGGAGCAGGGGGUCGGCAGGGGACAGCGGUCAGCCACUGAGCCCGGAUGACGUCCAGCUUAGCUCCAGCUCAGGGGGCAAGAAGAAGAAGAGACGUCGGAGGAAGCACAAGGCCGAGCCGCGCAAGGAAGAGCCAACGGCCGCUGGUGGAGAGCUGGAGCCGUGUGAGCUCAGCUCCGAUGAGGAGUACAACCCACAGCACGGACGAACAUCUUCACUCUCUAUGAUGAAGGACAGUAUGGAGCAAAGGCAGCAUUCCCUGCCCUCCAGCCUCGAGUGGGACAGCUACCCUUUCUCUGACGGAGACUGGUCACCCUGCACUAGCAGGAAGGUGUGCGAGCCCACGUCGGCCAAAAGUGAUUCUGAGCUGAUGGUGAAGUCGACAGAGAGCAUGUUCAGGGCCGAGUCCCACAUGCAGUGGGCAUGGGGGGAGUUCCCAGAAUCCACCAGGGUCAACAAAAAGGACAAAUCCGAGCCAAAGACGUUGACCAUCACUCCCUCAGAGAGCACACACUUCAGGGUUAUCUUGAGCUCAGACGCCAUGGAACAGGAGACGAAGGAAAGGGACAAGAACACUGUUUGCAGUAUUGUCAAACCAGAGCCUCGGACCAUCAGCCCCAAUCAGUGCAGCAGACCAAGGUCACAUGCUGCCAGCAUCACAGAGCACAAGCCAGAGCUUUUGAAUGCCACGCCUGGUAGUUUUCCAUCCGCACCGCUCACCUCCAGCGUCAACACGCAGACGGCACGCAAGGCCCGGUGGACGUCUUCACCUCCGGGCCGCAGGGACAGUGGCUGCGCCGCUGAAGGAGGCGGUAACGUGGCUGGAGAUUCUGCCUCAUCCAAAGCCACAGAUUCCCCCAUCAAGAGGAGAGGUGUGAGGAAAAGGAGCCAGCAUCAGGGACCUGAAGACAUUUACCUGGAUGACCUGAAUGCACUCGAUCCUGAUGUUGCUGCUCGCUACUUCCCAAAAAGUGAGUCUGAGGUGGUUCCCAAACACUGGGUGGAGGUAGGCCGACGCUCUGGAUCCCAGUCCCCUCAGUCUGUUGGCAGCGCUGCCGCAGACAGUGGCACCGAGUGUUUGUCCGACUCGGCCGGCGACCUGCCGGACGUCACGCUGUCGCUGUGUGGAGGCGUUGGUGAGAACUCUGAGAUUUCUAAAGAUAAAUUCAUGGAGCACAUCAUCACCUACAGUGAAUUUGCAGAGAAUCCAGCGAUCAUUGACAACCCCAACUUGGUGGUUAAAAUUGCAAACAGGUAUUACAACUGGACACUGGCAGCACCUCUGAUACUGUGUAUGCAGGCGUUCCAGAAGAACUUGCCAAAGGCUACAGAGGAGGCCUGGGUUAAGGACAAAAUGCCCAGGAAGUCUGGACGCUGGUGGUUCUGGAGGAAAAGCAGCGUGAAGCAGUCAUCAACAGAGACCAAGUUAGAGAGACAGGAGUCUCUGAGCAGCGAGAGCCCAGCCUCUCAGCAGGGCCCGGAAACACAGCAGAAAACAGCAGAGUGGUCCAGUGAUGAUGAAAGUAAAGAGCUCACCGCUGAGGCGACUACUGAGCGCGUGCAGACGGAGAGCUCUCUGACGGCGCCUUGUCACUCCUACAAGAAGUCCCUCCGCCUAUCGUCUGACCAGAUAGCCAAGCUGAAGUUACGAGACGGGCCCAAUGACGUCACCUUCAGUAUAACCACCCAGUACCAGGGAACCUGCCGCUGCGAAGGCACCAUCUACCUGUGGAACUGGGAUGAUAAGAUUGUGAUCUCAGACAUCGAUGGCACAAUCACCAAGUCCGACGUGUUUGGUCACAUUUUGCCUCGGCUCGGUAAAGACUGGACUCAUCAAGGCAUCGCUAAGCUUUACCACUCGGUGCACGAGAACGGGUACAAGUUCCUGUACUGUUCCGCCCGAGCGAUCGGCAUGGCCGACGUGACCCGAGGGUACCUGCAUGGGGUGAACGACAGGGGGACGCUGCUGCCCCAGGGACCCCUCACGCUGUCGCCGAGUAGCCUGUACUCCGCUUUCCACAGAGAGGUCAUAGAAAAGAAGCCGGAGAAGUUCAAGAUCGAGUGUCUCACAGACAUCAGGAACCUGUUCUACCCGAACACAAACCCCUUCUACGCAGCCUUCGGAAACAGAGACAGCGAUGUUUUCGCCUAUAAGCAAGUGGGUGUGCCUGUGUGCAGAAUAUUCACAGUGAAUCCCAAAGGGGAGCUGAUCCUGGAGCAGGCCAAAGGCAAUAAAACCACUUAUAACCGACUGAGUGAGCUGGUGGAGCACGUCUUUCCCUUGCGCAGUUCACAGGACAACGCCACCUUCAGCUGCCCAGAGUUCAGCGCCUUCUGUUACUGGAGGGAGCCGAUCGCCGAGGUGUGUCUUGAGGAGCUGCUUUAGCUGUGGACCGGCGUUCCUAAUUGUCUAGUAAUGACUUCGUGCUCUCGUACAGGUUUUGUGCAUUUGGAGAGUAUCCUCCCAGCACAGUUGGGAGGUAUUUCAAGGCUAUGUCAGCUGUUGGCAGCAAUGGCAAUGACAUCAGUUCUUAAAAUUGCACUUUGUUGCAACGCUUGAGAAGAAAUUGUCUAAAAAUUGUCUAAGCACUGACUCAGUGGCCAUAGAUUUGCUGCCUGACUCAUAGUUGCCCCUUUAAAGCCUUAUUCUGUCAUUUGUGAUUAAACCUUUUAACAUCUUUGCUGCAAAGCUGAAGGAUUUUGCACGAUAGGUUAAAACUGUGAAAUGACUUUACUGCAUUAGUACAAUGUUGUACAAAAGCACUUUCUCGACUAUAUGUACUGCUGCUGAUGAGUAUGCAAUAUGUUUUGAUACAUAGAAAAUGAUUUAAAAUUGAUAGUGAAAAUGAUCUGCACAGGUGACGGUUCACUAGACAAGUGUUAAUGUUACGUGUCUUUGCUUUGUGAAAUUUAAUACACUCUUUCUGUGAAAGUGAUGAUCUUUGUGUGAAGAGAACACACAAUAUUUUCUUGGACUUUUCAAUGAAGAACAUUUGUUGCUGCCUCAAGACUGUAGAUUGUUGAUUACUUUGUGUUCUGCACAAAAAUAUUUGGUUUUAUUAAACAUGUUCAACUAUUUGUUCUGCUUUCUAUGCAAAGGAUUGUUUAAGAGUCUGUGUUGAUGAACCAGUUUUAAACUAAAUCCACUUUACUGCAGAGGACAUUAAACAGCAAAAUAUAUAUAUUAGUGUUCAUGAGAGAAAUAAACUAGUUGAAUACCUUU